AUGUCGAAGUCCGGCAGUUUUGCUAGGAAUCCGGUAUUUUUGCCGGAAUCCGACCACUUUCGCCAGAAUCCGGUCAACCCAAAUUCUGACGAGACUGUCCAGAUUCUGGCCUUUAUCUUAGAUUCUAGCUAUAGUAGCCAGAAUCUAGUAAAAGUAGCCGGAAUCCUGUCGGUUAAUGGCGGAAUCUCGUCUCUGCCUACUCUCAUGGAUUCACAAGACGAAAACCAAAGCUUCAUUACGCUCUUACAAUCAGGGUUGCAAAACUACCAAGAAAUUCCAUCCCAACCUAAAAUAAAAUCUACUAAGAAGACAAACUUCUCUAUUGAAGAAGACAUUCUACUAGUAAAGGCUUGGAUUAGUACUAGCAUUGAUCCAAUUCAAGGGACUGAUCAAAAAGGCAACAAAUUUUGGGAUAAAAUUUGGAUGAACUAUCAUGAGAACAAGAAAGAAGACACGGUGGAACGUUCCGCUCAUUCUCUAUCAAAUCGAUGGUCAUCAAUCCAAAAGUUUACAAACAAAUUUUGUGGGUACUUGGCACAAGUUGAAACAAAGAAUCCAAGUGGUGCUACUGAGCAAGAUAAGAUUAAUUUGGCAAAGGAUAUGUACCGGGAUGAAUACUCUAUCGGAUUUCAAUUUGAACAUUGUUGGAAGUUGUUGAAGAAUUUGCCAAAAUGGAAGCAGUUGAAGCCAACAAUGCUGAGAAAGAAAUCCAUAAGUCCUUCUCUUCAACCUGUGAUCAAUCUAAGUGUUGACAAUGAUGAAGAAGACGUUAUUGUAGACUUGGAGAGACCUAUAGUGAAGAAAAGAUCGUAUGAGGAGAGAAUGAAAAAUAUUGAUACGGCAAAGGAAGAGAUUGUUCGUAUUGAGAAACAAAAGCUUGAGGUUGAACUUAGGAAAGAGGCAAGAGAACAAAAGAAAGAGGAAAGAGAAAUUAUGAUGAUGGAUACAAGCUACUUGUCACCAAUUCAGCUUGAAUAUAUUCAAUCUCUCCAAAUGGAAAUCAUGCAGAAGCGUAGGACUAACUAG